AUGUGCACCAGUUGCGUCCUGAAGUGUCAUCAGCUGUAACACAAGCUCCAGAUCCCAAAACCACAGCCAGGCCCUCCCGCUGCUCCCAACAACUGAAAGCCAUGGAGCUUUCCGACAGCGACCGCCCGGUCAGCUUUGGUUCCACGUCGUCCUCGGCCUCCUCCCGGGACAGCCAUGGUUCCUUUGGCAGCAGAAUGACCUUAGUUUCAAACAGCCACUUGGGCUUGUUUCCCCAGGAUAAGGAAGCAGGGGCCAUAAAGCUGGAGCUGAUGCCAGCCAGGCCGUUUUCCAGCAGCGAGCUGCCGAGGGACGGUGCAGCCGCGCAGCAGAACACGGACCAGGGCAGUGAGAGGCAGCCCUGGGCCCAGCACAGAGUGGACACCAACGGGGCGGCCAAAACGGGGGCAGAAUCAGCCACCAGCCCCAAGCUGCUCUAUGUGGACAGAGUGGUGCAGGAGAUUCUGGAGACCGAAAGGACUUACGUGCAAGAUUUAAAAAGCAUCGUAGAGGAUUACCUUGAGUGCAUCAGGGACCAAACGAAACUUCCUCUGGGGGCGGAAGAAAGAUCAGCCCUUUUUGGAAACAUACAGGAUAUCUACCACUUUAAUAGUGAACUUCUGCAAGACUUGGAAAACUGUGAAAAUGAUCCUGUGGCCAUAGCAGAAUGCUUUGUGUCCAAGAGUGAAGAGUUCCACAUUUACACCCAGUAUUGCACUAACUAUCCGAGAUCCGUGGCUGUGCUAACAGAGUGCAUGAGGAACAAGAUGCUGGCCAAAUUCUUCAGGGAACGUCAGGAAACUUUGAAACACUCACUGCCUCUGGGGUCCUAUCUCUUGAAACCAGUUCAGCGGAUUCUCAAGUAUCAUCUCCUUUUGCAUGAAAUAGAAAAUCACCUUGACAAGGACACAGAAGGCUACGAUGUGGUGCUUGAUGCUAUAGACACGAUGCAGCGAGUAGCCUGGCACAUCAACGACAUGAAGCGGAAGCAUGAACACGCCGUCCGGCUACAGGAGAUACAGAGUUUGCUCACCAACUGGAAGGGGCCAGACCUGACCAGCUACGGGGAGCUAGUUCUCGAGGGGACCUUCCGCCUCCAGCGGGCCAAGAAUGAGCGGACACUCUUCCUCUUUGACAAGCUGCUUCUCAUCACCAAGAAGAGAGACGACACGUUUACGUACAAAGCUCACAUCCUGUGCGGCAACCUCAUGCUGGUGGAAGUGAUCCCAAAGGAGCCCCUCAGCUUCAGUGUCUUCCACUACCAGAACCCCAAGCUGCAGCACACCGUUCAGGCAAAGUCGCAGCAAGACAAACGCCUGUGGGUUCUGCACCUCAAGAGGCUGAUCCUGGAGAAUCACGCGGCGAAGAUUCCAGCUAAGGCCAAGCAAGCAAUACUUGAAAUGGAUGCCGUUCAUUACCCAGGCUUCUGUUACAGUCCUGAGGGAGAGACAAAAGCCUUUUGUGGCUCUAAAGAUGGUUCUGCUUCAUAUCGGCUAAGAAGAAAAUCUGAACCUUCCUCAAGAUCACAUAAAGUUUUGAAGACCAGCGAAACAGCACAAGACAUCCAAAAGGUUUCCAGAGAGGAAGGGUCUCCCCAGCUGACUUCAGCAGGGCCGUCUCCUGCCCAGAGGAACAGUCAACCGAGCAGUUCUGCCAUUAUCAGCGUGCUUCGCGGGGGCGGGGCCGUCAGAAGCAUCUGGACGGACCACCAGAUCCGGCAAGCCUUGUUCCCCAGUCGGCGGUCUCCGCAGGAGAAUGAGGAGGACGAAGAUGAUUAUCAGAUGUUCCUGCCAUCCUUCUCCCCUUCAGAUCUGAACUCUGCCCGACUGUGUGAGGACAGCACUUCCAGUCGACCUUGCAGUUGGCACAUGGGACAGGUCGAGUCCUCGGAGACCCCCAGCUCUGGCCACAGGGUUGUGCGGCGGGCCAGCAGUGCUGGCGAGAGCAACACGUGUCCCCCUGACAUGAGAAAUAGGGACAGUGACAGCCCUCAGUACAGCUCCCGAAGGGAACUGCAGAAUGACCCUAAAACAGAGGGGCUGGACGGGAUGACUCCCUUCGGGUCCUCUGUAGAGUUGACGAUUGAUGACAUAGACCAUGUCUAUGAUAACAUAAGUUAUGAGGACUUGAAACUGAUGGUAGCUAAACGGGAAGAAGCUGAAGCCCCUCCCCCCAAAUCAGCCAGGGACUCUGCUCGCCCCAAGAGCACCCCGGAGCUGGCCUUCUCAAAGAGGCCGACAAGCCCAGAGAAGAGCCCUCUGCACCCCCAGAGAGAUGGUGCCUCCCCAGGCCGGGAGGCGUGGAACCAAAGCUCACGCGAACUCCAGGUGGCGGAGGAGAACGUCUACGACACCAUCGGGCUCCCAGAGGCGCCCUCCCAGGACUUCAAGUGCAGCAGCCUAAAACGUCCCAAGAGGAGCACCUUCCUGGGCCUGGAGGCCGACCUGGGGUGCUGUGACAGUCUGAGGGCCUCUGUUUCCCAGGACAGCCUCCAGUUCAGCGAGGACGAGGCGCCCUACCCCCCGGGACCCUCCGGUAACGAUUAUCUGAGUUUGUUCUAUAACUCCUUCGGCUGCAACUUGUCCAUAGCGGAUGGGUCCAUCUCCGAUAAACUGUCUGAAGAAGUAGAUGAGAUCUGGAAUGACCUGGAAAAUUACAUCAAGAAAAACGAAGUCAAAGCCAGAGACCGGCUCCUGGCGGCGUUUCCCGUUAGCAAAGACGACGUGCAGGAGCGGCCGCUGGCGGGCAGCGCCCCAGAGCUGGGCGCGCGCUCCCCACGUUCCCUGCCCGCGGGCCGGGCCCCCCUCGUGCCGCCCAGAGACAGGCCGGGGCCGGUCUCCUGCACGCUUGACCUAACCCCGGCCUCCAAAGACGGCUCCUGCCUGAGUCUCCACCGGCUGUCGCUGGUCAGUGACCUGCCGCCCGUGGAGAGUCCCUACGACGUGGCCAGCAGCAGCCCGUCCCCUGCAGACCUGAAGAACCCUGACCCCGGCAUGGACACCGCAGACAAGACCAGGAGCAGGGUUUUCCUGAUGGCCAGGCAGUACAGUCAGAAGAUCAAGAAGGCAAAUCAGCUGUUAAAGGUGAAAAGCCCGGAGCUGGAGCAGCCGCCUGGCAGCCACGUGCAGAAGCAGGUUCCCAGGGACCUGGCGGCCAUCCUAGAAGAAAAGAAGCAGGGCGGGCCCGCCAUCGGUGCCAGGAUUGCUGAAUAUUCCCAACUGUAUGACCAGAUCGUAUUCAGAGAAACCCCCUUUAAGACUCAGAAGGAUGGCUGGGCCAGCCCUCAAGACUCCUCCAACCUCAGCUCUGCAUCACCUUCCCACACCCAACACGGUAGCGAGGACUGGCUUUUGCAUUCAACCUAUAGUAAUGGAGAGUUAGCAGAUUUCUGUCCCCGGCCAGAGCAAGACUUGAAGUCAAAAUAUCCCACUUUAGAGAUCAAUACGAAAAGUACCCCAAGACAACUGUCCGCAGCUUGCUCCGUGCCUUCUCUCCAAAUCUCUGAGCCUCUGCUGGGCUCCGUGCAGAGACACAGUGUGGUGGUCAGCCAGCCCAACAAAGAGAACUCCUGUCAGGGCCAUCUUUACAACUCUCUGGGACGGAAAGGAAUCAGUGCUAAAUCUCAGCCUUAUAACAGGUCCCAGUCAUCUUCCUCCAUCCUGAUAAACAAGUCCUCAGACUCCAUCAACUACCCUAGUGAAAUGGGAAAGAAACAGCUGCUGUCUUUACACAGAAGUUCAAGGUGGGAGAGUCACCAGGAUUUGGUGCCAGGUAUCACUGACUCAGGUCAACAGGGCACUGAAAAACACUCAGAUCUCACACUCCAGGACUCACAGAAAGUUCUGGUAGUAAAUAGAAAUUUACCUUUAAGUGCCCAAAUAGCUACCCAGAACUAUUUUUCCAAUUUCAAAGAGACUGAAGGAGAUGAAGAUGACUAUGUGGAGAUCAAGUCAGAAGAAGAUGAGCCAAUAAGCAGCAAACUUGGACCAUAUCUGACAUCAUACAAUGAUUCUGACAAACUGAAUGACUAUCUCUGGAAGGGGCCACCUCCCAGUCAGCAAAAUAUUGUCCAGUCUCUAAGGGAAAAAUUCCAGUGUCUUAGUUCAAGCAGCUUUGCCUAAGGUUCUUAAGAGUAGCUGCCUGAAUUAACUUCUUACUGUGCUCAUGAAUUAGAGAUACUGAGAGAUGUUUUGUAUGUACCAGAUUAGAACAGUUUUGUAAUAACCAGAGAUGUAAAGUAUACUUUCUUUAACAGCACAACUUUUUGAAACAGCUGGCGAUCCAGCCAGGAUUGUACUGUAGCAAAUGUUAGCAUCUAACACUGUGUUUUCUGAUGUUGAUGGUCUUCGUGUUUCAUGUAAGUCAAUCUUACUUGAAAAUUUUAGGCUUUUUUUUUUUUUUAAACAUGAUGGCCAUGGUAUUUUUUCCCAUAUCCUGACAGUUAGUGCCCAGACUUUAAGAAAUGCAAUAAUCAUUUCCUAUUAUCCAGAAGCCACAGGUAUACUAGGACUCAAAGGCAGCAAGGAGGACUUUUCACGUUUUUUAAAAAGAAAGGAAACUAAAGCUGUUUAAAGGAUUAUGCUUACCUCUGACAUUCUUGUUAAAUUUGUGCCAAGACCCUAGAAUAACUUAAACGAGGGAUCUCUAAUUGGAGUAUUGUCUAGGUGCCCAUUUUAGGGUUUCUAUGCUGGCAUUCCUGCAUCUAGUUCAUUAUAAGGCAGAAAAUAUGUAACUAUUGGAAAUUAGAAUGUAUCAUGACCAAUUUUCUAUAAGUAAAAAUCCUUCCCUGUCUUCCUGAACAA